AAUUUUCAUUUUCUGAGUCUCUUUCUUCUUCUCCCAAAACUCUCCUAAAGCACCAAUUUCCAUCUCCUCAUCUUGCAGACAGUGUUUGCUUGCAGAAUCGACUGUUAAGAAAUCUAGAAGACCCUCAUAUCACUAAUUUCAGAAAAAACCAAUCACCAUGCCUGUGGGAGAGCUCUUUCUCUCUGCGUUUCUUUCGGUGUUGUUUGACAGACUGGCUUCCAAAGAGUUGCUGAAUUUUGCUAGUCAAGAAGGUGUAAGUUCAAAGUUGAAGAAGUGGGAGAAAACGUUCAGGAUGAUUGAGAAAGUGCUUGGUGAUGCUGAGGAGAAGCAACUGACAGAAAACGACGGGGCUGUGAAAAUCUGGCUGGACGAUCUCCGGGAUUUGGCUUAUGAUGUGGAGGACAUUCUGGAUGAGUUCGCAACUGAAAAUUUGCGGCGUAAGGUGAUGUGUGAAGAUCAUGCUAGCACAAGCAAGAUAGGUAGCUUUAUCUCUGCUUGCUGCACUAGUUUGACUCCAAGUUCUGUGAAGUUCAACAUAAGCAUGGGGUCCAAGAUAAAUGGUAUUACUACCCGAUUGGCGGAACUUUGCAAACAAAAAAUUGACCUUGGACUAAAAGAGAUUUCUGUGGGGACAUCAACUGCUGUAAGGACAGGGACAAGACCAGCUAGUACAUGUGUGCGAAUCGAACCAGCUGUUUACGGGAGAGAUGAUGAUAAAGCCAAGAUACUUGAACUGGUUUCAAGGGACGAACCAAGUCAGGCCAACUUUAACGUAAUACCCAUUGUUGGCCUUGGAGGAAUUGGCAAGACAACGCUUGCUCGGGAGGUCUACAACGACAAGGCUGUAGAAGGUUUCAGUCCAAGGGUAUGGACAUGCGUCUCUGAUGUUUUUGAUGUUUUGGGAAUCUCUAAGGCAAUUCUUGAGUCCAUCACUUCAACUCCCUGCAGCCUAACGAGCUUAAAUGAGGUUCAGGUUCAACUAAAAAAUUCAGUAACAGGAAAAAAAUUCUUGCUUGUUUUGGAUGAUGUUUGGAAUGAGGAUUAUGAAUUGUGGGAAGCCCUAAAGUCUCCAUUUAUGGCUGGUGCAGCAGAAAGUAAAAUCAUUGUGACUACACGCAGCAGAAAGGUUGCAUUGACUAUGGAACAAGGAGUAUGUUUUGACUUGAAGCUUCUAGAAGGCGAUGAUUGUUGGAGCAUAUUUGAGAAGCAUGUAUAUGGAAACAGAGUAAUUGCUACAAGUCAGAAUUUGAAAUUUAUUCGUGAGAAAGUUGUUGAGAAGUGCAAAGGCUUACCCUUGGCAGCAAAAACUCUUGGUGGUCUUUUACGUACUAAACAGAUUUAUGGAGAGUGGGAAGAUAUAUUGAAUAGCAAAAUAUGGGAACUACCGCAAAAUGGUAUUCUCUCUGCAUUAAGAUUAAGCUAUCAUUAUCUUCCUUCGCAUCUAAAAAGAUGUUUCGCUUACUGUGCAAUUUUGCCAAAGGAUUAUGAAUUUACGGAGAAGGAACUUGUGCUUUUAUGGAUGGCAGAAGGUCUUAUUCAACAACCAAGAAACAAGCAGUUGGAAUAUGUAGGAGGUGAAUAUUUCCGUGAUUUACUGUCAAGGUCAUUUUUUCAAGAAUCAAAUAGUGAAGAUUAUAAAUUUGUAAUGCAUGACCUUAUUAAUGAUCUGGCCCGAUGGGUUUCUCGAGAAACAAGUUUUAGGUUGGAGGAAGAAUUCAAUGUCACAGAAACAAAAAGAUUUGAAAGGACGAUUCGACACGCCUCUUACACAUAUAGAGCGUAUGAAGUCAAGAAGAAUUUUGAAGUUUUCCAUACUAUGGCGCACUUGAGAACGUUCAUAAGAAUGUUCCCACCCCUAAGGUAUGCAGAACAGACUUACAUAUCUAGGGAAACUUUUUUUCAUUUGCUGCCAAAACUCAAAAAUUUGAGAGCAUUAUGUUUAACAAAUUACCAUGCCAUGAAACUACCUGACUCAAUUGGAGAUUUGAAACUUUUGAGGUAUCUCAAUCUUUCUAAAACUGAAAUCACAUAUCUACCUGAGUCAACAAGUUCACUAUUCAAUUUACAAAGUUUGUUAUUAAGAGGUUGUUCUCAUCUCAAAAAGUUGCCUUUACAAUUGGGAGAUUUGGUCAAUCUUCGCCAUCUUGAUAUUAGAGGUGCAAUACUUAUAAGAGAAAUUCCUUCGGGAAUGAAAAAACUGAAAUGUAUUCGAACCUUAUCUAAUUUUGUUGUGGGUGAAGGUGUCGUAUCUAGUUUGAAAGAUUUGAAAGAAUUAAAGUUUAUUCGUGGAGAACUUUAUAUUUCAAGGUUAGAGAAUGCAACUGAUUGUCAUGAAACAAGAGAUUCUAUAUUGUGUGAUAAGAAGGACUUGGAAGUGUUAGUGCUAGAAUGGAGUUCUUCUCAUGCCUCACGAGACGAAGAAGUCGAGAAAAUUGUUCUUGACAUUUUACGACCCCAUACAAAUCUUAAAGAGCUCACAAUCAAGAAUUUUUGUGGCAAAAUAUUUUCAUCUUGGAUAGGAGAUCCAACAUUCUCUAAUAUGGUUUCUCUUAAAUUGGAUGGAUGUAAAAGUUGCAAGACCUUGCCUUCGAUUGGGCUACUAGGCUUACUUAAAAACCUCACCAUCAAAGGGAUGAAAAUGCUUAAAAAAAUAGGCUGUGAGGUGUAUGGGGAGAGUUGCUCAGAAUCUUUUAAAUCACUAGAGACUCUUUGUUUUGAGAAUCUGCCAGAAUGGGAGCAUUGGGAUCCUUUUGAAGAAAAGGAGCAUGUUGAAAGGUUCUCUUGUCUCAAACAGCUUUCCAUAUCACAAUGUCCUAAACUCUCUGGAGGAUUACCUAACCGUCUUCUUUCAUUAGAGAAACUUGUGAUUAGAGAUUGUGAACAACUGGUGGUUUCGUUCACAAGCCUUCCAAUGCUCUGCCAUUUAGAAAUAGAAAGAUGCAAAGGCAUGGUUUGCAGUAGCUCGAGUGAGUCCUUAAUUAGUGAAGAAUCAAAUGUUCCAGGGUUUAGAAGUUGGACCAGGGAGGGAUUUCAGAAAUUAGAAACUCUGAAAAUUGUUGGUUGGGAAGAGCUCACACAUUUGUGGGGAAAUGAGAUUUUUCUUGAGAAGCCACUACAAGGUUCCCAGAGCUUCACCUCUCUUAAAGAGCUAUGCAUGAGAGAGCUUCCAAAUCUUGCUUUGUUUCCAGAUGGUUUGCUUUCCAUUCCGACAAAAGUUGAAAUUAGGGAAUGUGAUGCUAUCACAUCAUUACACGGGGGGUUGAAGCACAACAAUCCACGUGUUGAGCACUUGGAAGUCUAUGUUUGCAAUUCUCUAUCAUUCAUUGUGAGAGGCCAACUACCUUCAUCUCUAAAAACCCUUUGGAUAAGCGAAUGUGAAAAAUUGGUGUGCAUUUGGGAGGAUACUGGUACUUCUUCUCCAUCUUCUUCUUAUGCAUUGAUGCACAAGGAAGAUGUGGACAACACCCCCACAUCUCUUCUCUGCGAAUUGCGAAUAAGUGGCUGCCUUUCUCUUACGCACUUAUCAUCGACAUACCAGUUACCUCCAACACUCACAAACCUUUCAAUAUGGAAUUGUACAAAUCUCAGGACGUUACUAUCUGGAGGACAGUCACCUAAGGCAGAGUCAAUAGUAGAGAGUUUUGACAAUUACAAGUCUCUUGGAUCAACUCUGGAGGGCCAAUACACUCUUCGCAAUCUUAAAAAUAUUUUUAUUUGGGAAUGUUCCAGUCUUGUUUUGGGCCGGGAAAUUGUGCUUUCUAACAAUAUUUCAGAAGUUUGUUUCUCUGGAUGUGAGAAGAUACAAGCACUACCAAGCUGCAUGCACACCGUCAAAUCUGUUGGACACUUAACCAUAUCGAAAUGUCCAAGCAUGGCAUUGUUUCCAGAAGAAGAUAUUCCCGACAAUAUAAGGUCACUUAACGUUGGUGAACCCAAAAUCUACAACUCACUGGCUGGGUGGGGCUUCCACAAAUUCACCUCUCUUACAAGUCUUUCAAUUAGUCGAUGCCCAAAUGCAGUGUCUUUCCCUGAGGAGGAGAUGGGAAUGAAGUUGCCAUCCUCUCUUAAAAACCUCACAGUUGAUGGAUUCCCAAAAUUAAAGCACCUAUUUCCCAUGGGUUUCCAAGAUCUCAUCUCUCUUGAAAGGUUGUGGAUCAAGGAUUGCCCAAAUCUCACAUCUUUGCUAGAUUUUCCAUCUUCGCUUCUGGAACUUGGAAUUAAUAGUUGCCAAAAUCUCACAUCCUUACCAGACCUUCCAUCCUCGCUUCUGGAACUAUAUGUUAUUAAUUGUCCUUUGCUAAAACAACGUUGCAAAAGGGAUAAAGGACAAGAGUGGCCCAAGAUAAAGCACAUCCCUCUUGUUAUGAUAGAUUAGAAGUUCAUUUACGAUUCAGAGGAAGAAGAAUGAAGUCAAUUUGCUUUCAGAAUGAAGAAGGCUGAAUCUAUCAAUUACCUGCCUUCAUUCUUAUGGGCCAUUCAGGGACCAACCAAACAGUCUCAACUCCGGGAUGCAGUAUGACAUGAGUGGCAAUGCAGUGUACAAAGUUUCAAAGUGAGGUAAUUAGUAAAAAUGUUGUUCUUGCAGUUUUAUAGGUUUUACUAUUUUUCAGCUCUGUGAGAACAGAGGCUAAUAACAGAGCUCACCACAUUGCACAUAAAAUGUUAUUUGAAGUGGCGUGAAGUAACCUUUCACUCAUCUUCCAGUCAGAAUUUAAGACUUCAUGCUUGCUGCAUUAUGAUGAAUUAAGCAUAAAUGUUGAUGCAAGUUUCAUCUCUUUUGCUGAAGUUAACUGCUUCUUCAUCUCAUUGAUUCUCUGAAAUAUUCAGGGUUAAAAGGUAAUUACAGAAAAACAGAUUAUAAGUUUAGUUAAUAAUAAAGUUUCUGAUACUACGGUUGCAGUCUAAAGUCCUAGACAUGAUGCAGCUUCUUUUAAUGAGACAAAUGAAGCUGAUUCGGAUGUGGUUGGCAACAAUACACUCUUCUAAGUUGAGCUUUGGAUUAUAUAUAUAUAUUAAUUUCUAUGUAAUUGCAUGCAUUUGCAUUUUCUUUAAUUACCUAUUGUAAUAGGAUUUCUCAAGAAGGGUAAGGUUCAUUAUGUCCCCCCUUGUCUAGGUGUAUAUUUUUUAAUCAAUUAAUAAAAUU